UGGCCGCGUUUUAUUAAUUAUUUAUUCUGCAACGGCAGAGUUGUCAGAGGGGCACCAGAAAACUGCGUCGUUUUGUCCACGUCGGACACAGGUCACCGGCAGUUCCCGGUGGCGGCAAACUCUCUCUCCUUACAUUUGGAACUCCGAUGUGUUAGUUUGGAAUUGGAUUAGAGAGAGAAAUACGGACUAGGACCGGUCCCCUUCCCGCUUCCUCAGCUAUAAAUACCAGCUGUUGACAAACUGUCUUUUUUUUUUUCCCUUUUUCCUCUUGUUUUCCCCCCCGUUCGCUCUCCCCAACUUUCUUCCUUCUCCGGCGACCAUUUCCCGGCCAAAUCGCCGCCGCUCAUUCUGAUUUCUCCUCUUCCUCAUUUCUGCUCUCUCAGAGGAAAAAGGAAAUGGAUGGGAUUGGACUUCGAUAUGUGGGCUCUCAUUGCUCAAUGUCUGAGAUGGAUGAGCAUGAUUUUUCUCGAUUUCACGAUAAGCCUAAGCUCAAUAUUGAGAGGCAAAGAUCAUUUGAUGAGAGGUCCCUCAGCGAGCUGUCCAUCAUCCUUGCUAAGGGAGGCUUGGACAACUUUGAGAGCUCCUAUUCACCUGGUGGAAGGUCAGGAUUUGAUACCCCAGCUUCAUCUACCAGAAACUCAUUUGAGCCCCACCCAAUGAUUGCUGAAGCAUGGGACUCUUUGCGGAGAUCCUUGGUGCAUUUUCGGGGCCAACCAGUUGGAACUCUUGCAGCUAUUGAUCAUGCCUCAGAGGAAGUUUUGAAUUAUGAUCAGGUUUUUGUUCGGGAUUUUGUACCAAGUGCUUUGGCUUUCCUGAUGAAUGGGGAACCUGAAAUUGUUAAGAACUUCCUGUUAAAGACUCUGCAGCUUCAGGGAUGGGAAAAAAGAAUAGACAGAUUCAAGCUUGGGGAAGGUGCAAUGCCAGCUAGCUUUAAGGUUCUUCAUGAUCCUGUUAGAAAAACCGAUACCAUUGUUGCUGAUUUUGGAGAGAGUGCGAUAGGAAGAGUUGCUCCUGUUGACUCUGGAUUCUGGUGGAUCAUUCUGCUCCGUGCUUAUACAAAGUCAACUGGGGAUCUAACUCUGGCUGAAACACCAGAGUGUCAGAAGGGAAUGAGACUUAUUUUAACUUUAUGUCUGUCGGAGGGGUUUGAUACAUUCCCAACUCUACUUUGUGCUGAUGGUUGCUCCAUGAUUGAUCGAAGGAUGGGUAUAUAUGGUUAUCCUAUAGAAAUUCAAGCCCUUUUCUUUAUGGCCUUGAGAUGUGCUCUGGCUAUGCUAAAACAUGAUGCUGAAGGAAAAGAGUGCAUAGAGCGUAUUGUGAAGCGUCUGCAUGCUUUAAGUUAUCACAUGAGGAGUUAUUUCUGGCUUGAUUUCCAGCAACUAAAUGACAUCUACCGUUACAAAACCGAAGAAUAUUCACAUACAGCUGUAAAUAAGUUUAACGUCAUCCCUGAUUCUAUCCCAGAUUGGGUGUUUGAUUUUAUGCCCACACGUGGCGGGUAUUUUGUUGGUAACGUUAGUCCUGCAAGAAUGGAUUUCAGAUGGUUUACUCUAGGUAAUUGUGUUGCAAUUCUAUCAUCUCUUGCCACCCCUGAGCAAUCAAUGGCUAUUAUGGAUCUUAUUGAAGCACGCUGGGAGGAGCUGGUUGGAGAAAUGCCUUUGAAAAUAUCAUAUCCUGCUAUAGAAAGUCAUGAGUGGCGAAUUACUACUGGUUGUGAUCCCAAGAAUACCAGGUGGAGCUACCAUAAUGGUGGAUCUUGGCCAGUGCUACUAUGGCUGCUAACAGCCGCUUGCAUUAAAACCGGACGACCGCAGAUUGCUAGAAGAGCCAUCGAGCUUGCCGAGAGUCGUUUGCUGAAGGAUAGUUGGCCUGAAUACUAUGAUGGAAAGUUAGGAAGAUACAUCGGAAAACAAGCAAGGAAAUACCAGACAUGGUCGAUAGCAGGAUACUUAGUUGCAAAGAUGAUGUUGGAAGAUCCAUCACAUUUGGGGAUGAUUUCACUUGAAGAGGACAGGCAAAUGAAACCACUGAUCAAGAGAUCAUCAUCAUGGACCUGCUGA